AUGCAUGUACAUGGCUUCCAUCUGCCUCAAGAAGUCACCGUGAAUCUCCUUUGCAAAUGCGCCAACAUCCCAGCCACUUGCAAAACAACAGGCAAAGCAAGUCAUAGCUAUAAAACCCACCCAUGCAACUAUUGCUUUGUCACUCUCGAAGACAUUAAUGCAGAUGGAGCAUAUGAUAUUGAUACAAAUUUCUGCAUGCGGAAUGACUGGAACCAACUUAAACAGGCGCAGCUAUCAACACUGGCCAGAUCAAUUGCCGCACGCAAGGCUGUUAUCAACAUACACAGUGUUUGUUACUCAGCACUCAACAAUCUCCCCAGAUGGAUGACAACUGCUUUGUCACUGGUCAACUUUAUGCAUAAUUUUUACCAUGAUUUUUCUAUUCUAUACUUCAUCUAUUGCUAUGCUUACUGUAAUAUCAAUGCACUUUAUAAGGAUACAAUUAACUCAAUCAUCUGGCCAUCAUCCAUAGGCCAUCUACCAAGUAAUCUUGACAGCAAUCACUCCUUACCAAAAGCAGACCAAUGGCGCCAUUUAUGCCAUGUCCUGCCGUACAUGCUUUGGAUCUGCUGGAAAAAUACAUGGGGCAAGAUCAGAUCUGCCUAUCAAACCAAACCCAAAGUUUCAUACAACAUGGCAGCCCACAGUCAAGGGUACAUUCAACUCUAUUGUCAAGGUCUACAAGCACUUAGUAUUCCCCUGACCGUCAACCAUCACCUUGCAAUGUAUUAUUCAGAGGUCUUGCAGCGGUAUGGUCCAGUGUACACAUGCUGGCUAUUUGGUUUUGAGUGUUUCAAUGGGCUCUUUGAGAAGGUAAAUCUAAACAGCCACAGAGGAGGGGAAAUGGAGUACUCCCUUGUGCGCAAUUGGGUUGAAAAGCAGCACCUUCACAAACUUGUAAGCGUCAUUUUUGCUCUUAAUUCAUAUUUUCAAUAUUGUAUGCAUGUCGAGAUGAUAUUUUUACCCAAGAACGCAUCAGAGAAGGAGCAUCAGCUUGUGGACAGGGUUAUGCACACAAAAGGUUUGGACUGCGGGACACUCAGUAACCAGACAUUACAGUUCAUGGGUGGUGAGUUCUCAUUCAAUGAUUCUAUUCUCAUUUGUGCAUGA